ACUUCCGGCCCCGCGGGAAGACGGGGGGGGGGGAGCGGGGAACUGGAUAGGUGGUGGCCUUGGGGAGGUGGCGGUCGGGAGUCUAGACGACGGGGAGAGACGGGGCCAGAAAGGGGCGUGAGGGGGUCGGGCCGGAGCCGGCUGGAAGGCCAGGCCCGGAGGCCCCCACCCUGGCGUGCAAGCCCAGGCCGCGUCUGAGGCCGAAGAGGAAGAUGAUCUCCAGAUACACUCGAAAAGCGGUGCCACAGAGCUUGGAACUAAAAGGAAUAACACAAUAUGCUCUUAAUCAUCAUCCCCUCCCAGAGCGACUAGAUGAAAUUUCCUCCACCAAUGGCAGCCAUGAAAAAGACACAAGUUCCCAAAGUGAGUCUGACAUCACACAAGAAUCACCUUUUACAUCAGCCGACACUGGAAAUUCAAGGUCUGCUUUUCCGAGUUAUACAGGCACAGGGAUCUCUACUGAAGGCAGCUCGGACUUCUCCUGGGGAUAUGGUGAACUUGAUCAGAAUGCUACUGAAAAGGUCCAGGCAAUGUUCACAGCCAUUGACGAACUUUUGUAUGAGAAGAAGUUGAGCGUACGUACAAAGAGUCUUCAAGCAGAGUGUCAACAGUGGACAUCUAGCUUUCCUCACCUCAGGAUUCUGGGUAGGCAGAUAAUCACUCCAAGUGACAGUUAUAGACUGUAUCCUAGGUCCCCUUCUGCUGCUUCAGCUUCACGUGAGACAACCUUGCCUCAAGAAAGAGAUUCUACUAUAUUUGGUAUAAGGGGAAAGAAGGUACAUUUUUCAUCUUUUUAUCCUCCUAAAACAUCUUCCAUUGCCAAAUCUCCUAGCUUGUGUUCUAUGGAAAGAGAAGAGGAAGACUGUGUAAUUUUCUCAGAAGGAAUAAUAGAGGAAUACCUAGCAUUUGACCACACAGAUACGGAAGAGGGGUUUCAUGGAACAAAAUCAGAAGUGGCUCCAGAGAGACAGAAAUUAGGCUACCCACCCAUUGCUCCAUUUAACUGCAUGAAAGAGGAUGUCCUCACGUAUGUGUUCGACAACGUGUGGAGCAAAGUUCUGGGCUGUAUGGAGGAGCUGAUACGUAAUCACUGGGAGGGAUAUGUUUCUGAUGAUGAGAGUAAUGUUGCAAUCACCAGACCAGAUUCGGGAAGCCCUGGUGUGCUGAGUGAACCCCAGCCUUUGGUGUUACCUCAAGUGCCUCAGUCUAAGAUGCUGUCUAUCACCUCAAAUCCGAUGAAUCUCUGUCAACCAACAAGCAGUCAUCAGCCAAAUGUGAAUGGUCUCUUGGUUCAUGGAAUGCCUCUUCAGCCAAGAAAUCUCUCCCUAAUGGACAAGCUCCUAGAUCUUGAUGACAAGCUGCUUAUGAGGCCUGGGUCCAGUACCAUCCUUUCAACACGAAAUUGGCCAAAUCGAGCUCUGGAGCUUAGUGCAUCGUCUCUGUCAUAUACAGUGCAGUCCGUCAGGAGACGAAACCCCCCACCUCGUACCCUUCAUCCCAUCAGCACAAGCCAUUCACGAGCUGGAACACCAAGACCUGUGGAAGAACUCCUCAGAGGAACCCGAGUCCCCGUAACAGCUGACUCACUCUCUUCUCCCUCACCAAUGGCCCUGAGUCGAAAUAAUCUGCUGCCACCUAUUGGCACGGCAGAGGUGGAACACUUGAGUUCUGUGGGCCCACAACGGCAAAUGAAACCCCAUAGUGAUUCCAGUAGAGCUCGCAGCGCAAUGGUGGAUGAGCCAAACCAUCAGCAGCCCCAGGAGAGGCUCCUUUUACCUGACUUUUUCUCCAGGCCCAACACAACUCAGUCAUUUCUGCCAGACACACAGUGCCGUCGCUUGUGUGCUGCCGAGUACCCUCAUCAGGGCCGUCCUGGCAGGGCAUCUGCAGGUCCUCAGUUACAUGGGUCUACAAAACCUCAAAGCAGAGGUGGACUGGUCUCCAGAACCAGGCAGGGACCAUAG